GCCAGCAAUCGGCAGCAGACAAGCUGCAAAGAGCUCCUUUUCUUUGGGCGGGGCUUCCACGGAGGCCUCAUGUAGGCCUCUGUGAAGCCUGAACUCCAGUAAGGCCCAAGCCAGCCAGGAAGGAGGAGGCAGCCAGAGUGGCCACCACUGUUCUCUGCAGCAGAAGACCCCCUGCUGCCAGAUAAGAUGAGUACUUUCACUUGCACCUUGGAAGAGAAACUGGAGAGCCUCCCUGGGACUCUGUUUGAAAGGAGCAUGACUGGUCAAAGUUACAGCAUCUACAAUGCAGUACAUGCCAUAGCACAAGCUGUACAUAAGAUGUACACAUCCAAGCCGAAACCUAAAGCAGUGGUUGAUAGAGGUACACUGAAACAUCCUAAUCUACAACCUUGGCAGCUUCACCCAUUCCUGAGGAGCAUCUCAUUUAACAACAGUGCUGGGGACAUGGUGUCCUUUGAUGAAGAUGGUGAAUUAGUAGCUGGAUUUGAUCUUAUCAACUGGGUUACUUUCCCAAACCAAUCCUUUUCAAGAGUCAAAGUAGGAAUGUUGGAACCACAGACUCUAUGGGGCCCAGAGUUCACUAUUAAUAAGGAGGCAAUCACAUGGCACAACUGCUUUAAUCAGGCACUGCCCUUUGCUCUUUGUAAUGCCAAGUGCCAUCCAGGUUACAGCAAAGAAAGGAAGGAGGGGGAGCCAUUUUGUUGCUACAAUUGCAUUCAAUGUCCAGAUGGGAAGAUUUCAGACCAGAAGGGUAGGAGAAGUAAUGUGUCAUGUUGUGACUGAUUCACUGCAUUAUAUAUCUUGUUAAUUUUUCUUUUCUACCUCUUUGGAUCUCCAAAUGUAACAGGGAUGAUAAAGCAGAUGCCUAACAUGCUUCACACAUGCAGGGUCAAAUAAACUAUUUAGUAAAUGA